GGUGUGACUUUCUCUUGGUGUAAGUUGAUGCUGCAGCUGUGACCCUGUAGGAAAUAGAGGGUAUCUUAUUGUCAGCGGCCGAGGUUUCUUCUUAAAAACUAAAAGUCCUGCCAGCAACGCCAAAUUUAUGUCAGCGGCCGAGGUUUCUUAAAAACUAAAAGUGUUGCCAACAACGCCACCUAGGCAAAAGCCCUAGGAACUCUAAAUAAUUAAAACCAAAGGUUCAUUUGUUUGGAGGGGAGCAGUAAAACAAUGACCCAAGAGGAGACAGGGGCGGCAAUACGACUAAAAAAUAUUUAUUUUAAUACAAAAGGUUAAAAUAUAUAAAAGGGAGCUAAAAUAGUCCGUCCAGGGUAAUCACCACAGCAGGAGCGAAGUCCUGCGCGUCCCUAGUCCACUGGUGUGGACGUCUGACUGCCAGUCGCCCUCUGCUGCUGCUGCUGCUGCUGGUGCUGGUGGUGGUACCUCUGCUUCUGCCUUGCUCCUUCUCCCUUCUUUCGUGUCUCGUUUCUUCCCGGUUCUCCUUGUUACUCCUCAAUUCUCCUUGUUGCUCCCCAGCUCUCCUUUCCAGUUUCGCCCUGUUUCUCCCCCGUUUCUCCUUCUGCCAGUGUUCUGUCUUCCUGCUUAAAAAGAGAAAGUUCUGCCCCUGGCCUUUCCCCAUUGGUCCAUUUGCCAUAUGCCACUAAUUGCUAAUGAGUUGGGGACCAUUGUCAAUUGAGGACACUCAAACAAACCUCAAGGCAGAUUAUAAAUUGUCCAGCAUACAAUCACAAAACAAGUCAUAGAAACAUGCAAUCAUAAAAUAACAAACUAAAAACAUGCAACAACAAAUCAAUAAAACAUGCAAUCAAUAAAAUAUGCAAUCAAUUGCGCAUGCAAUCAAUGGUCCCUUUCGUCCACCCAGUGACAUAUCAACAGUGAUGGAGGAUUUAUAUGUUGAAUAUGAUGAACCUGUCAACUCAAACCCAAGGACUAAUCAGACAGCUGGUCGUCUUCACAGCGAUGGACGAAAUCUACGCUAACGUUGAAUACGUGAAGUCUCAGGCUUCCGUAAGACCUUCAACACCUGCCCCAGGUCCCAGCAGCCCAAGGAGCAGACCUCAUGUGGCUGUUGCUGUCUCUCUGGGGCUGCUCAGUGUCCUCCUGCUGGCUGGACUCGUCUGUCUCGGUGUCCUCAUGCAUGCGUCAGCUGCUGAACUCUCCUCCAUCAAAGCCAACCUGACGGAGCGUCUUCAGGUCAGUGGAGACAAGCUGUCCUUAGUGUCUGCAGAGAGAGACCAGCUGAAGGACAACUUCACUGCACUGAAGGACAACUUCACUGCACUGAAGGACAACUUCACUGCACUGAAGGACAACUUCACUGCACUGAAGGACAACUUCACUGCACUGACCCAAGAGAAGGACGGACUUCAGCUCUUGUUGAAACAGAAGAAAACGUGUCCUGAGGGGUGGACGAUGUUCAGAGGUUCCUGUUAUCUUCUCUCUACACGGGAUGGUUCCUGGGAAAAUGGCAGAAAGGACUGUAGAGACCAAGGAGCAGAUCUGGUGAUAAUAGACUCACUUGAAGAACAGAAAUUCCUCUCAAGCAUCAACAGACGUCGUAGUUGGAUUGGUUUGAGUGACAAAGACAUCGAGGGCACCUGGAAAUGGAUUGAUGGAACUCCACUGACUGCAGCGUACUGGUACCGUGACGCCAAUGUAGUUGAGCCUAAUAACGGGGGAGGAGGUUCAACCGUGGAGGAGGACUGCGCUGAGAUGAACCCUGACCUGAAGACACAAAACAGCUGGAAUGAUCUGCCGUGUAACACUGCUUUGCGAUGGAUCUACUCACAACCUGUGGCUGUGUCUCCUUUGGUGGGCUGCGUCCUCAUGAGGACUCAGGCUUUGCAGUCGACCUGCGCCGUGUCCUCCAACGACCGCAUAGGCUGAACCGAGCGUCUCUGAAAGGAGACGUCUGGUCCACGGGGAGACUUCCUGUGUACGUCCUCAGCUUAUAAAAUGCUGAUAGAGAAGCUAAACUUCUCAUUCCAUCUAAAUAGGAAGAUAUGCUUCACCUCUGGAGCAUGAAAUAUUAUUUCAGGAUGAGACGUGUGGAGUUCUGAACCUCUGAUCAAGGAUCACUUCUGUUACCCUCGAACCUUCUGAGACGACAAGUUAUAAAGAGUCAGCAGUUUAAAAAUUAUAAAGAAUUUAACAACUAAUGGAAGUAAUAAGAAAUACAGUAACAAAGUGAAAUAAAGUAUGAAUAGUGUAAUUUUUUUUUGCGACCAUCAAUAUUGGUUCACAG